AUGUCAGGUGGACUGAGCAAAGCGAUGGAUGCGAGUGCAGUCAGCUCGGAUGACUGCGCCAACCCACGAGCAGCCGGCCAGCUAUCGUUUUUCACUCAAGCGUUCAAUGCAUCAUCACUUCCGGGAUCAACUCAUGCGGAGAGGACGUCGAUGGCUUUUAUCCCUUUGCCCCGCGAGUCGGUUGCCAUGAUGGUCGACGCGGUCCGAGUGUCGGCGCUUGAGGACGACGAGAAGUGCCGCUUCCUGUUCGAGAUGUUUGAUGUCGAGCACCGCGGCGUCCUGUCGAAAGAGGGCGUGAGGGCGUUCGUCGAGGCCACGUUCGCCACCAACGGCGUCGAGUUCCUCGGGGCCUUCGACUACGACGCUGUGGUGGGCAAAGUCUUCGGUCGGUGCCGCCAGCAGGACAAGAUGAGCUACAGCGAGUUCAAGAGCGUCUUCGGAGCUGUGGUGGCUGAGUCGGACGACGACAAGAGCAAGGAGGCGCUCGGACGACUGACUGUGAUCGUGCAGACGCACAACCCGAAGGAGUUCGUGCCCAACACCACCACUACCAACAACAACAACAACGAACGGGGCGGACGCUGGUACCGCAUCAACAAGUUCUGCCGCAGAUACAAGGCCGAGAUCUUCUGGCUCACUCUGUACUUCCUGCUCAUGGUCGCCGUGUUCAUCGCCAAGGCCUCGCGCUUCGCCUUCGACCCUGCGGUCGGUAACUGCCCGCGCGUCGCCAAGGGCUUCGCCGAGAUCUGCCUCGUCAACACCAUGUUCGUGCUGCUGCCCAUGUGCCGGAACUUCGUGACCGGUCUCCGCACGCUACCGGUCGUCGUCAACCACCUGCCGAUCGACCACCACAUCGAGUUCCACAAGAUCUGCGGCGUCGUGCUGCUGCUCGCCUUUCUCGGCCACACGGCGGCGUGGCUGGUCAUCGUCGUCUACGUCCGCACAGUGCCCCUCGCAGUCUGGAAGCAGUCUCGGUACCACCACCUCGCGUUCGUUCGGGACGAGAAUCUGCUGCUCUUCGCGCUGCGAGUCCCCAUCUGGACGGGUGUCGCUAUGCUCCUCUGCGCCGCCAUCGCUGCUCCGCUGUGCCUCGAAAAGGUCCGCAGGGGGAAGUUCAACCUCUUCUGGGUCUCGCACAUGCUCUUCAUCCCGUUCCUCGUUCUCAUGGCGUUCCAUGGCUUCGCGCGCUGGGUGGCAGCUCCGCAAGCGCACUACUGGGUGCUGCCCCCGAUCGUCAUCUACCUGGUCGAGAAGCGCUAUCGGAUGACGCAAAUGUUCGGGGGCCAGACCCAGAUCGCCCACGUGCAGCUCUCGAAGGAGGCGGUGGCCGUCUUCAUGAGGAAACCGAAGGCCUUCAGUAAGCGGCAGCGCUUCCUGCCGGGCAUGUACGUCUUCGUCAACGUGCCGACGAUCUCCAAGUUCGAGUGGCACCCGUUCACGAUCUCGUCGGCGCCGGAGGACAAGUUCAUCAGUCUCCACAUCCAGAGGUCGGGCGACUGGACUCGGGCGCUGUACGACAACCUGCAGCAGCACCAAGCCUCGCGAGUGGAGGACCAGGGCAGCCCCGUGACGUCUCCGUACCCGACCGUCUUCCUGGAUGGCCCCAUCGGUGCGCCGGCACAAGACUACUCGCGCUACCGUGAGGUCGUCCUCAUUGGCGCGGGCAUCGGCGUGACCCCGUUCGCGUCGAUCCUGCGCAGCAUCAUGCAUCAGUGGGAGAGCUACCGAUGCCCUCAGUGCGGCCACGUCCGCUUCCCGCCGAGCUUCCAGCUGCGCAAGAUCUACUUCUACUGGGUCAUGCGCGAGCAGGAGGCGCUCACGUGGUUCACCAAUACCAUGAACCAGCUGAGCCAAAUGGACGCGGACAACCGCCUCGAGAUCCACAACUUCUUCUCGUCCGUCAAGAACGAGGAGGUCAUCGCCCCUCUGCAAGCGCUGCAGAACUUCAUCCACGACACCGAGGGCCAAGACAUCAUCUCCGGCCUGCAGACCAGGCAACGCACGCGCUUCGGGCGUCCGGACUGGAACGCGGAGCUCUCGCGGGUGGCGCAGAAUCAUCGACGACUGGAGCCGCUCGAGGACGGCGACGGAGAGCGCGAGGAGAUCGGCGUCUUUUUCUGCGGCCCCAAGCCACUGGGCAACGUCAUCGACGAACAGUGCGCGCGGCUGAACCAGACCGUGCCGGACGUGGAAUUCGCGUUCCACAGUGAAAACUUUUAG